UAUGGCCUGUAGGAUGCUGCAGGCAAGGUUCUGGACCGCUGGGCCAUCAUGUCCAGGGAAGAAGAGAUCAUUACCCUUCAGCAGUUCUUGAGAUUUGGAGAAACCAAAUCCAUCGUGGAGCUGAUGGCAAUUCAAGAAAAAGAAGGGCAGGCUGUGGCUGUGCCAUCUUCAAAGACAGAUUCAGAUAUAAGGACUUUUAUUGAAAGCAAUAAUCGCACCAGGAGCCCAAGUCUCCUUGCUCACCUGGAGAAUAGCAACCCUUCCAGCAUUCAUCAUUUUGAAAACAUCCCGAAUAGCCUUGCAUUCUUGCUUCCAUUCCAGUACAUAAAUCCAGUCUCUGCUCCACUGCUGGGGCUGCCUCCAAAUGGCCUCCUGCUGGAACAGCCAGCAAUGAGGCUCCGUGAACCAAGCCUUACGACCCAAAAUGAAUAUAAUGAAAGCAGUGAAUCUGAAGUUUCCCCCACGCCUUUCAAGAAUGAGCAAACAUCCAGUCGGAAUGCUUUGACCAGCAUCACAAAUGUUGAGCCCAAAACUGAGCCAGCCUGUGUCUCUCCUGUUCAGACACCUACGCCCGUCAAUGAUUUAUCGAAAACAGAACAUACUAAAAGCUCGUUCCGCAUUCACAGAAUGAGAAGAAUGGGGUCAGCCUCCAGGAAAGGAAGAGUGUUUUGCAAUGCUUGUGGCAAAACUUUCUAUGACAAAGGUACUCUUAAAAUCCACUACAAUGCCGUUCACCUGAAAAUCAAGCACCGGUGCACUAUUGAGGGCUGCAACAUGGUCUUCAGCUCGCUCAGAAGCCGCAAUCGCCACAGUGCUAACCCAAAUCCCCGCCUCCACAUGCCUAUGCUAAGGAAUAACCGUGACAAAGAUCUAAUCCGUGCUACAUCAGGUGCUGCCACUCCGGUCAUAGCCAGUACAAAAUCCAAUCUAAAUUUAACUAGCCCUGGGCGUCCACCGAUGGGGUUUACCACUCCUCCUCUAGAUCCUGUACUACAGAACCCUCUUCCCAGUCAGCUAGUGUUCCCGGCUUUAAAGACUGUCCAACCUGUUCCUCCUUUUUACAGAAAUUUACUUACUCCUGGAGAGAUGGUGAGUCCUCCAACCUCACUCCCUACUAGUCCAAUAAUACCGGCAGUGAGUGGCAUGGAGCAGCAUCCACUUCCUCCUUCAGAGUCAUCGGUACCUUCAGUGCUCAUGCCCACCCCAGAGCCUAAUGCUGACCUUGCUCCCAAGAAGAAGCCAAGGAAGUCGAGCAUGCCAGUUAAAAUUGAAAAGGAAGUUAUUGAUACUGCUGAUGAGUUUGAUGAUGAAGAUGAAGAGGUAAAUGACAGCAGCACGAUGGUGAAUGACAUUGGUCAUGACAAUCACUGCCAUUCUCAGGAGGAAAUGAGCCCAGGCCUGUCUGUGAAAGACUUUUCCAAAAGUGACAGGAGCAGAUGCAUUUCCAGACCAGAAAUAAGAAGAGCUGACAGCAUGACAUCAGAAGACCAGGAGCAUGAGAGAGACUAUGAAAAUGAAUCAGAGUCGUCAGAGCCCAAAUUGUGUGAGGAAUCCAUGGAAGGUGAUGAUCGCCUCCAUGAACCUGGUGAAAAAUCUAUGAUGCACAGUGACAGACCUGAUGAAAACCAUAAUGACUCUUCCAACCAGGAUGUCAUUAAGGUAAAGGAAGAGUAUACAGACCCUACAUAUGAUAUGUUCUACAUGAGCCAAUAUGGACUGUACAAUGGAGGCAGUGCCAGUAUGGCUGCCCUUCAUGAAAGUUUCGCUUCUACAUUCAACUACAGCAGCCCUCAGAAGUUCUCCCCAGAAGGUGAAAUGUGCUCCAGCCCAGAUCCCAAGAUCUGCUAUGUGUGCAAGAAAAGUUUCAAGAGUUCCUACAGUGUGAAGCUUCACUACAGAAACGUUCACCUAAAAGAGAUGCAUGUCUGCACAGUGGCUGGCUGUAAUGCUGCGUUCCCAUCACGGAGAAGCAGAGACAGGUCAGUAAAUAUUAAUUGA